CAAAGACAAAUAAAAAAUACUGAUAUUUCCUCUUUUUCUGUUGCUUAAUGAAUCUAUGGCACUCCAAGCUUCGUUGGGUUAAAUAUAUAUAUAUAUAUAUAUAUAUAUAUAAAGAAACAAAAGGACUGCGUAAAACUUAGAAUCCUAGUUCUUAGUGAUAGUAAAUGCUAAUGGACGCCAUACAUUUGCUCUCCAUUUUCUAUGCUUUGGUCUUUCUCCAAACCUUGUCCAUAUUCUGUGGCACUGCAGAUGAUACCAUGACUUCAAACCAGUCCAUCACCGAUGGCGACAAAACUCUAGUUUCUUCGGGUCAGAGCUUUGAGCUAGGCUUCUUCGCCCCUGGCAAAUCCAAGAACAGGUACCUGGGAAUAUGGUACAAGACCACCCCUGAUGUUGUUGUCUGGGUUGCAAACAGAGAUAACCCUCUUACUGAUUCACAUGGACAACUCACCAUCACCAACCAUGGAAAUCUUCUUCUUCUCAACCGAACCGGGUUUCUUGUUUGGUCCUCCAACACAUCAAUGGUCACAAAAGAUCCGGUGGCUCGGCUUUUGGAAUCGGGGAAUCUUGUAGUCCAAGAAAAAAACAGAGAGGCCGACUCUGAGAUAUAUGCAUGGCAGAGUUUUGAUUAUCCGACCGACACAUCUUUAGCGGGGAUGAAGAUUGGAUGGGACUUGAAAACCGGUUUGGAACGGUAUCUAACAUCAUGGAAAAGCGCUGAUGAUCCAUCAACUGGAGAGUUUACUCUCCAUAUGGACAUCAAAGGUAUGCCUCAGAUCGUAGUUUACAGUGGAACAUCCAGAACCUUGCGGUCAGGGCUAUGGAAUGGAGUUAUGUUUACUGGUAUGUAUGUUAACGGAGACCCUGUUUACGAAUCAAUUUUUGUAUUCGAUGAGAAUGAAUCCUAUUACAUGUUCAAGCCCAAAGUUAACAAAGACGAAGUUACGCGCCUGAGAUUGAGUAAUUCUGGUAAUUUGGAGCGUCUUGUAAUGCAUAAUACAGAAUGGACAACUAUGUCCUCUAUGCCAUAUGAGCUCUGUGACAGAUAUGGAUACUGUGGUGCUAACGGUGUCUGUAGAAUUAAUGGAGAUCCAAUAUGUGACUGUCUGAAGGGAUUCACCCCAAAGUCGCAGCAAGAAUGGGAAGUUUUAAAUUGGUCUAAUGGGUGUGUGAGGAAAACACCUCUUGAUUGCAAGAAUGGUGAUGAUUUUGUGAAGCUUGUUGGAGUGAAAUUGCCUGACUUGUUGGAGUUCUGGUUGAACAAGAGUAUGAGCCUCCAGGAAUGCAAGGAGAUGUGCUUGAAAAAUUGUUCGUGUGCAGCUUAUGCUAAUUCUGAUAUCAGAGAAGGUGGCAGUGGCUGCUUGAUGUGGUUUGGUAACCUUGUUGACGUCAGAGAGUUGAGAGUUAAAGAUACUGAGCAGGACAUCUAUUUACGUUUGCCUAAAUCCGAGCUUAAAUCAAUUAACGGGAAGAGGAAACUAAACACCAUACUAAUUGUUUCUACAACCUCUUGCUCUGGCAUGUUUGUCAUGGCACUGGUGAUCUGGUGCAUUUUUUGGAGAAAAAGAACCAAUGGAAGAGGACAGGGAAGCAAAAUAGAAGAUGAACUAGAACUACCUUUAUUUGAUUUGGCUGCCAUUAUAUCUGCUACAAAUAAUUUCUCAGCUGAACAUAUGAUUGGAGCAGGUGGCUUUGGUCCUGUUUUCAAGGGGAAGCUCUCAACAGGACAAGAAAUUGCUGUGAAGAGACUGUCCAAGGAUUCAGGACAAGGAUUUAAAGAGUUUAUGAAUGAAGUAAACUUGAUUGCAAAGCUUCAACAUCGGAAUCUUGUUGCACUUUUGGGCUGCUGUAUUCAAGGAGAAGAAAGGAUUUUAAUCUAUGAGUACAUGCCAAGCAAAAGUUUGGAUUAUUUUAUAUUUGAUGAUCAAAGAAUCAGCCUAAUAGGAUGGAGAAAACGGUUUGAUAUUGUCAAGGGCAUUGCAAGAGGUCUCCUGUAUCUCCACCGAGAUUCUAAACUUCAAAUUGUUCAUAGGGAUCUCAAAGCAAGCAAUAUUUUACUGGAUAUCAACCUGAAUCCCAAGAUUUCUGACUUUGGAUUAGCAAGGAUUGUUGAAGACGAUGAAAAAGAAGCCACAACUAGGAUAGUCAUUGGAACAUAUGGAUAUAUGUCUCCAGAGUAUGCAAUUGAUGGAAAGUUCUCAGUAAAAUCUGAUGUGUUUAGCUUUGGUGUGCUUCUACUAGAGAUUAUCAGUGGCAAAAGGAAUAGAAAGUUUAUUCACCCAAAUCACGACCACAACCUUCUAGGACAUGCGUGGUUGCUUUGGAAUGAAGAUAGAGCCUUAAAUCUAAUGGAUGCAAGCUUCGGGGACUCAAGUGAUGAAUGUCAAUUAUUAAGAUGCAUUCAAGUGGGUUUGUUAUGUGUCCAAAAGUUUUCACAUGACAGACCAACAAUGGCGUCUGUGGUUUUCAUGUUGGAAAACGAAGGAGCAGUACUGCCGCAACCUAAAGAGCCUGGUUUCUUCAUGGAAAGGAGCUCAAAUGAAGAGAGCUCAUCAAAAUUAAGAAAUGAAGAAUCCGGCUCACAAAAUGCAGUAACUUUGACAAAGCUGAAUGGUAGAUAACAAUUAAAUUAUCUUAUUUGAGCAGCUGCCAACUUUGAACCAUCCAUCCCUCAAGUAUGCUGUUCCGCAUUAAUCAACUUGCAUUCAAGGCAUGGGGAUGGUUGAAGCCAAAAUCUUGUUCUAAGUAAAUUAAAUAUCAUAUAUGUCAAAUAUAGAGGUAUAUUAUUAUUUUUAUAUGUGUAAAUUAUCAAUUUUUGUAGUGAAAAUUUAGACAUAAAUUUUUUGUACAUUUCAUUAUAAAACACACACUUUUAACUAUGCCCUUCAAUUUAUUACUAAUUAAGCAAUUAUGCCUUUUCUAAAGGCAAAAAUACUCAAUAUUCCAAGUAUAUGCCAAAGGAUAUAAAUCUGACAGCAAUAUGAACAAACUGAUACACACACGUGCAUAAUGCAUUCAGCAAAUUUUCUUGGAAGUUAUCUGUUGAGUUACCAGUGCUUAUCUUGCUUGCAUUGUAGUAAUAGUGACAGCAUUUUGGCUGAGGAUUUUUUCACUUCCUGAUGUUUCAUCUGCAUUAGAGGAACUUGACUCUGUGAAGAAACCAGGGUGUUUAGGAUGAGGCAAAAUAGCUUGGUCAUUUGCCAACAUGAAAACCACUGAUGACAUGGCUGGCCUGUCUUCUGGGUAAUUCUGGACGCAUAGUAAACCCACAUGAAUACAUCUUAAUACUUGAGAUUUGUUGAAAGAAGCCAUCUCACAUUCACCCAUUAGUUCCAUGCCCCUGUUCUCAUUCCACA